GCGAGCAGCAACGUGCAGCAGCAGCGGCGGCGGCGGCAGCAGCUCUUUCUCUUUAUAAGCCCCGCUGUAUUGCCCGGAUGUGAAUGGAUUACAAUGUAUCUUUCAGGGAAACAUAUUAUUAUCAAUGUCUCCAUGGGGGAGUCGAUGAGGAGGAGGAGAGAUCUAUAAACUUGGAGCAAGUUUAAGACUUUUUUUUUUAAAGAAGGACAGAGGGGGGGAAAAAAAAAUCCCACCACCACCACCACGAUUUUUCAGUAGUUUAUUAACAGAAGCAUGUGUUUAUAAAAAACAAUAGAGGGAAAAGUUGUUGGAUCUUUUAAAACAAUUUUUUUCCCUUUUUUUUGUUUUUGUUUUGUUUUUUACUUCCCCUGCCGGCUUUUAUUUUUGUUCUGUUUGGGUGGGGGAUUUUAUGGCAGUUAUUUUACGGUGGAUCAUCCAAAAAAGCCAAACAAAGCCAGGUGUAGAGUUGUGUGGAAUAACCCUGGAACAGGACUGAGAUCCAGUUCAAAGUACUUUUUUUUUUUUCCUUUUUUUCCCCUUUUUGUUUUUUUUUGGUGUGUGUUUUUGGGGGUGAAACACAUGUGAAACAAUAAAGCACUUUUGAAGAAGAUUUCUCUCUCUCUUCUUAAAAAAAAAAAAGUCUCUUUUUCCUUGGAAUAUUGUGAACAUAUUUGUGGCCAUUUAAGGUUUGUGUGAUUUUGCUAAAAUGCAUCACCAACAGCGAAUGGCUGCCUUAGGGACGGACAAAGAACUGAGUGAUUUACUGGAUUUCAGUGCGAUGUUUUCACCUCCUGUGAGCAGUGGGAAAAAUGGACCAACUUCUUUGGCAAGUGGACAUUUUACUGGCUCAAAUGUAGAAGACAGAACUAGCUCAGGGUCCUGGGGGAAUGGAGGACAUCCUAGUCCAUCCAGGAACUAUGGAGAUGGGACUCACUAUGAUCACAUGGCAAGCAGGGACCUGGGGUCACAUGACAAUCUUUCUCCUCCUUUUGUCAAUUCCAGAAUACAAAGUAAAACAGAAAGGGGUUCAUAUUCAUCAUAUGGAAGAGACUCAAAUUUACAGGGUUGCCACCAGCAAAGUCUCCUUGGAGGUGACAUGGAUAUUGGUAACCCAGGAGCUCUCUCACCAACCAAACCUGGCUCUCAGUACUACCAAUAUUCUAGCAAUAACCCCCGAAGGAGGCCUCUUCACAGUACCUCUAUGGAAGUACAAACAAAGAAAGUUAGAAAAGUUCCUCCAGGUUUACCAUCUUCAGUUUAUGCCCCGUCAGCAAGCACUGCCGACUACAAUAGGGAUUCACCAGGUUAUCCAUCCUCAAAACCAGCAGCCAGCACUUUUCCUAGCUCCUUCUUCAUGCAAGAUGGUCAUCACAGCAGUGACCCAUGGAGCUCCUCCAGUGGGAUGAAUCAGCCUGGUUAUGGAGGAAUGUUGGGCAAUUCUUCUCAUAUUCCACAGUCAAGUAGCUACUGCAGUCUGCAUCCACAUGACCGUUUGAGCUACCCAUCACACUCUUCAGCAGACAUCAAUUCCAGUCUUCCUCCAAUGUCCACUUUCCACCGUAGUGGUACAAAUCAUUACAGCGCUUCUUCCUGCACACCACCUGCUAAUGGGACAGAUAGUAUAAUGGCAAACAGAGGAAGUGGGGCAGCAGGCAGCUCGCAGACUGGUGAUGCACUGGGGAAAGCGCUUGCCUCUAUCUAUUCUCCAGAUCACACCAACAACAGCUUUUCAUCAAAUCCUUCAACUCCUGUUGGUUCUCCCCCUUCUCUCUCAGCAGGCACAGCUGUUUGGUCUAGAAAUGGAGGGCAAGCAUCAUCAUCUCCCAAUUAUGAAGGUCCCUUACACUCUUUGCAAAGCCGGAUUGAAGACCGCUUGGAAAGACUGGACGAUGCUAUUCAUGUUCUCCGGAACCACGCAGUGGGGCCUUCAACAGCCAUGCCUGGUAGUCAUAGCGACAUGCAUGGAUUAAUAGGGCCUUCUCAUAAUGGAGCAAUGGGAGGUCUUGGGUCAGGAUAUGGGACAGGCCUUCUUUCAGCCAAUAGACAUUCACUAAUGGUUGGAGCCCAUCGUGAAGAUGGUGUCAGUCUGCGUGGCAGCCAUUCACUUGUGCCAAAUCAGGUUCCAGUUCCCCAGCUGCCAGUUCAGUCUGCUACUUCCCCAGAUUUAAAUCCACCCCAAGAUCCAUAUAGGGGCAUGCCAACUGGACUGCAAGGGCAGAGUGUGUCUUCAGGUAGCUCCGAAAUCAAAUCUGAUGAUGAGGGAGAUGAAAACCUCCAGGACACAAAAUCUUCUGAGGACAAGAAACUAGAGGAUGACAAGAAGGAUAUCAAAUCAAUUACUAGGUCAAGAUCUAGCAAUAAUGACGACGAGGACCUUACCCCGGAGCAGAAGGCUGAGAGAGAGAAGGAAAGGAGAAUGGCCAAUAAUGCCCGGGAGCGCCUACGCGUGCGUGACAUCAAUGAGGCUUUCAAGGAGUUGGGCCGGAUGGUGCAACUCCAUCUGAAGAGUGACAAGCCCCAGACCAAACUCCUGAUCCUACACCAGGCUGUGGCUGUCAUUCUCAGCUUAGAACAGCAAGUCAGAGAAAGGAAUCUGAACCCUAAAGCAGCAUGUCUGAAAAGAAGGGAAGAAGAGAAAGUAUCUUCAGACCCUCCUCCACUUUCCUUGGCAGGACCCCAUCCUGGGAUGGGAGAUGCAUCCAAUCAUAUGGGACAGAUGUAGAAAGGUCCAAGUUGCCACAUUUCUUCAUUUAAACAAGAGACCACUUCUUUAACAGCUGUAUUAUCUUAAACCCACAUAAACACUUCUCCUUAACCCCUUUUUUGUAAUAUAAGACAAGUCUGAGUAGUUAAGAAUCACAGACGCAAGAGAUUUCAGCAUUCCCGAUUAUUAAAAACAAAAAAACAAACAAAAAGUGCAACUUUUGAGGGAUGACUCUCUUUAACAUAUCAUUCAGAAUGUUUAAAAGCAGUAUGUUAUGAGCUGUAAAUGCACAGCCUAGAGACUGAAUGGCAAUCUUCUCCACACUGUGGGACAAUGCAUUUGUGCCUAAACUUCUUUUGGAAAAAAAAUAUAAUUAAUUUGUAAGUCUGAAAAAAAUAUUUAAUUUAAAAUUGUAAACUUGCAAUAAUGAAAAAGUGUACUUCUGAAGAAAAAAUGAGCGUUUUUGUUGGUGUGCUAGACAGCUAGUGUUUAUACUUACUGGAUAUUAAAAGGGAAGCUUUGCUGCCCAGAUAUUUACAAAACCAGCAAACGUCCUAAUGAAAACUGAAGUGAUGACAUUAGCCAUUCCUUAGGGUAGGAGGAACAGAUGGAUCUUAUAGACCUAUGACAAAUAUAUAUAUAUAAAUAUAUAUAUAAAUAUAUAUUAAAAAUUUAGUGAAUAUGGUAAGCUUUUGUUCAUUUGUUUCAGACUUUUUUGCUCCUGUAAAAAAAUAGUACUGAUUAACUUUUUUAAAAAGAAGAUUUUACUGUAAAUAAGGGGUUUUUUGUCUUAUUUCUGUCCCUCUCCCCUGUUUUUGUUAUUGUAACCUGUAGUGCCAACUCUGUCUCUGGAGGGGUGCUGCAGGAUGAAAUGCUGACCCUGACGUUGCUUCUCAUUCAUAAAUAAGUAGAGUUGUUUCUUCAGUCUUUUGGGAACACAGGACUUUCAAGUCACAUCAUGUGUAGAUAAUACAGGCAGCGUUACUGAGACUUGGCAAAACAAAUUUGUCUAAAUCGUAAUGUUGCACUUGUUGACCCUAUUCUGGGAUUUUCAGAGGUACAAGGUUAGAAUGCUACAAUGUUACCACUGUGCCUUCCAAUGUUUAUAUCAUCAGAAACAUAACAUAAUCAAAGUGGCUGUGAUUUAACAAAUUGAUUAAAGUGUUACCUAUGUGUGUAGCCUAAAUAGUGUGCAGUGAGGCGUUUCUGAAUACAUGGUCAGAUUUUCGGGGGGGAAAAGCAUCAAAUGGGAAAAUUGCAAGUAGUGUGACAGAUUUGAUUGACUUUCUUUUUCUUUCUUUUCUUGUUUUUAAGUGGAUUACUUAAAUGUAGACCACUUGCUGCCUCCUCCUUUAUUUGUAAAAUGCCAAUAUUCAGUCAUCAUGCAGCAUUACAACAAGCCUUAUGAGUCCUAAAGCAUUAAGUUGCACUUUCUUGAGGAGGGGUGGUAGUACAGUAUUUCUCUGGCCAGUAUGAAUGAAGUUUUUACUUAACAUAUUUAAUAGUAACAUAGAUCAAACUAUGGCACAGCAACUCAUCAGAUAGCUAGCUUUGAAGUCUGGGCACAAUUGAACCAACUUCCAUAGUGAAUCUUUAUAAUGAUUGACUUUGGUGUACAGUACAAUUAACAGAUAGUGCUCCUAGUUAAGUAUUUGUCAGCAUCCUUUUGUCUCUAAUUCCAGUUUCUAUUUUUACAGCCACACAAACCUGGCAUGUAUUUUAAAUAAAAUCUCCCUGUUCAAGUAGAUUUUCCACCUAUCGACACUAAGUAAAUGCCAUAAAUCCAUCAAAACGGUCUAAAUGUUCCAUCUGUUCUCCUGUUUUGCCAGUUAUAUAGUAAUGAAAAAUACAUUUGUAAAUUUUAUGCAACAAAUGGCAAACGUAUCAUUAUUUUGAAAUUGUGUAUGUAAAAGUUAUAUUUUUACAUGUAGACUCUUGUUAUUAUGUGUUUUAAUACAUUGUAUCAGUUUUUUGUUUAAAAAAAUCUGUGUGGUUGAAAAAAGUCUCAUUUAAAUGAAAUAGUGAGAUACAAGAAUCUGAAUUUUAUGUUUGUUUCUGAAAACGUAACGAACAAAUAUGAUAGUUACCAUGUGAUCACCUUCUACAUACCCAUAAACAUUUUGAUUAGCUGUGUGCGUGUUGAAAACUGUAAAUAUGUUCAGUAGCAGUAAAACUUAAAAUGUUUUGAUUUCUUGAUAAGUUUCUCAAAUGUGGAGGUGGAUUAAACCACUAGGAAUAUACAAUAAAAUGAAAUACACUUAGAGUUAAUUCAAAAUUACAAAUGCAUAUUAUACUAAAAAUGCUGGAUUUUUAAUGGGCCUGGUUUAUAUGAAAAUGGGUGGGACAAAGAUUGAUCUCACCCAGAGUUAAUGAUAGCUGAUGUCUUUGAGUGCUGGUAUCCUCAGCGGAAUAAAGGUUUCUCUGUAUCAGAACCAUAUGUAUUAUUACUGUCUAUAGUGUUGAGUAAAACGACAAUGAACAAGCCAUAUUUUGUGCAGGAAAAAGAACCCAGUAGAUCAUAUUCAGUUUAUGUUUGUAUAGUACAUGUUCAUUUUAGGGAACCAAAAACAGCCCUUUGGUUAAUGCAAAGUUUUAGGAGCUGCACUUCUGAUAAAUACAAUUGUGAAUGCACGGUAAGACCAAAUUAAUGUUAUUUUAAAGUAUUUGUGAAAAAAUAAAUAAAUUAAAGGUUUUGCUUAGUUAUGCUUUUAACAAAAAUAGAGCGGUUUUGUAUUUUUGUCUUUACAUUUUGCUUUCACUCAAAUCGAGUAGAAGUUGCAGUUUUUUUCCCAUUAUUUUUAUGUACUUUAUCAUGCUGUAAAAUAGAAAAUGUAUAGCAUGCUUUACUUUUAGGAUUAAAAUAUAAUAGAUUUGGAAAGUAAAGAUUCAUCCACAUUAAUUUUAGCUGUACAGAUGCAACAGAUCCUGCUCUGUAGUUAUCGAUUCUUAAUAGACCAAGGUGAAAAGCAGGUAUUAAAUCUUUGAUUUUUUAAAAUUUAUUUAUUUCCAAACGCAACUAAGGCAUUAGUGUCCUGAGUAGGCUUUGUCACGGGUAAUCUAGCUGAUGGUACUUAGUUAAAACUAUUAGAUUUCAGGAGGCUGCAUUAUGUGGUAAUAAACUGGGCCAAUAAACUCUUUUUAAGAAGCAAAGACUAAAAUAUCAGCUUUUUAAAUAGGUGAUCCACCUCCACAUUCAAGUAAUUUAUGAAUAUGCUGAAUAGGGAAUCUGUUCAUCUAGAACUUUUUUACCAUUUGUCUUCUGUGUAGCUGCAAGGAACACUAAUGUUUAUACAACUGUCAGUCCUACCAGUGAUGCAACUUGUACUGAUUCAGUCUUCCGAUUUUUUUUUUUUAAUUUUGUUUUUAGUUUUGGGGGUGGGUAGGGUGGGAAGGGGAGAGGAAAGCUUCAUCUUUUAUAUCCGUCAGGCAGAAUAUGAUCUGUGUCAAAAAGUGAACAAUGUAUUGCCAGGAAUGAAGAGAUUUCAGCGGAAACAAGCACAAAAAAAAGAAAAAGAAAAAAAUUAGUCCACUGGUUGACUGGAAAAAAAAAAAACAACUAAAGGUGGAAUAUGUUGAAUUCCAACACAAGGGGCACCAAGGCCUUUUGGGGCCUACCUUUUGUUUUGUUUUUGUUUUGUUCAUUUGUUUUUUAAAGACAUGUUCUUCUCAUGGGACUUGAAGUUGAUUCAUAUUUGUGCAGUGCUGGUUUGACCAUACUCAUUUCAAGUAUUAUAGACUUAUGUAAUGGUGAAAAUAUAUGAACUGUGGCCUUUUUCAUUCUUGUUACUUGUGAUGCAAUUAAGUGAAGAUAAGAAAAAAAAAGCAGAGAUUUACCAUGUAUCAGUGCCUGGCUUUUUGUUAUAAAGCUUCGUUUGUCUAGUGCUCUUUUUGCUAUAAAAUAGACUGUAGUACACCCUAGUAGGAAAAAAAAACUAAAUUUAAAAAUAAAAAAUAUAUUUGGCUUAUUUUUCACAGGAGCAAUCCUUUUAUACCAUGAAUAUUACGGAAAAAAAAAUUGUCAGAUUCUGAAUAUUUCUUCUUUGUAGAUUUUUGGAAUCAUUCUGAGUAAAAGUUUGUUACUUUAUUUUACUAUUUAAAAGAUGUUAUUUUACCAUGUGUUACUGAGAUGAAACUGUAUGGUAGCUUUUUUUUUUUUUAGUUGUAGGUCGCAACGGGGAAAUUUUUGCGACUAUACACAUAGCUGCAGCAGUAAAAACAAAAAAAAAUGGGAAAAAAAUGAAAAAAGGAAAAAGAUUAAAAAAAAAAAGAUAAACAGUUACACCUUGUUUUCAAUGUGUGGCUGAGUGCCUCGAUUUUUUCAUGUUUUUGGUGUAUUUCUGAUUUGUAGAAGUGUCCAAACAGGUUGUGUGCUGGAGUUCCUUCAAGAAGAUUAAAAAAAAAAAACAAACACAGCUUGGUGUAGGCCAUUACCUGUUUCUCAUCUGUAGUUAUUCGAUGCCGUCAUGUACAUGACCGUUCUGUAGCAAUAAAUGUGCCAUUUUUAUAAA